AUGUGCUACUCAUGGGGCGGCGACCUCUUGGUUGUGGGUAUCAUUGCCAACUACGCGGCUGUGGCCGCUGAUACAUUCAGCUCAGAGCUGGGCAUUCUGUCCAAGAGCGAGCCGAGAUUGAUAACGUCUUUGACGCUACGGAAGGUACCCCGGGGAACAAACGGAGGUGUCACGCUACUUGGACUGGCGGCCGGCCUCUUUGGGUCAAUGGUCAUAGUGGCCGCUUCAAUGGUAUUCCUACCUGCAUGCACUCCUGAAACGGCACCAACCCCCGGCGGCGGUGCGCCCUGGACCCUGGCCCAGAGACGGAUGUUUAUGGGUGGCCUCGUAAUCUGGGGUGCAUUAGGGAGCGUCCUCGACAGCUUCCUCGGAGGCAUACUCCAACGAUCAGUCAGGGAUGUACGAUCUGGCAAGAUUGUCGAAGGCGAGGGUGGUAACCGUGUGCUGGUAUCUGCAACAAGCCGUGCUGCACCAGAAGCUGCUGCGGACGGUGGAGAUGGGGGCAAGGCUGGAGCAGGUAAGCAAGAUGGCUCCGUCAUUGACGACCAAGAUGAGGACGAUGCCAAGUACAACCUCUAUAAUAAGCAUCGAAAGCCCAGCUUCGGGGACCAACGGCCGUCAAGGGUCAUUGAGAGCGGAUGGGAUCUUUUGGAUAACAACGACGUCAACUUUCUCAUGGCGGCUACCAUGAGCGUGGGGGCUAUGGGCGUGGCCAGCUGGUACUGGGGGGUACCUGCCGAGUCGAUAUUGAGUCCUUGA